CGGUGGGCAGGGGCAAUGGGAUACAGACGGAGUGAGAUGAGUGGCAGGAUGGUGUCAGGGCUCCUGCCCGGGGUGGCGGUGGUCUUCCUCCUGCUGCUGCAGGACACACACUCAGUCUCCAUUCAGCACCAAGGCUUCCAGGUCCAGCUGGAAUCAGUGAAGAAGCUGAGGGACCUGGAAGAGCAGAGGGGAGCAGAGCCUAACCCCUCCAGAGUCUCCAGACUCCGGGCCCAGAGACUCGUGCCUUCCGUGUGUCACCACCCGGCCCUGCCACCGGACCUCCAGCCCAUCUGCACCUCCAAGGAAGCUGCCAGCGUCCUCCAGGCCUUGAAGAGCAUCGCUAACGACGACUGCGAGCUGUGUGUGAACGUCGCCUGCACCGGCUGCCUCUGACGGGGCUGGCUGCCCCGAGCCCGCGCGCACGUGGCCCCCAGCCUGCUGCCGUCCCAGCCCACAGCCCGGGUUCGAGGCCUCUGCACGCAUCCAUCACCGGUCCGAGGCCCGAGCGGCUGGACGUGGCACAAGGCGGUUGGACACAUGGUUGGAGGGGAGUCUGGCCCAAGGCAGCCUUGCUGCCUAAUAAAGAUGCCCAACUACCUACACCCCGA